AUGUCGUCCGAAUCCGCGCAUCGCAGAUCCUCUACGGUUUCCUAUAAGAAGGAUGCAAAGGUCGAUGAGUAUACAAGUCUCGUGACGUUCAUGUCAGACUAUCGGGAAAACGGCACAGGGAGCAAAGAAGAGGGCAAGAUCGUUGAAAACCGUGUCUGGUAUGCGCCAUGGAAAAAGAGAAAGUUCCGUUGGAAAUUCGUCGGUGCUGGACAGGAGUAUCCGGAAGAAUGGAGCUUCACCGAUAUCCAUCAGGGUCUGUCAGAUUCCGACGUGGAGGCGAGGCGGCGCACGACAGGAUUUAAUGAAUUGACCGCCAAGAAAACCAACCAAUUCCGCAAGGUUUUAAACUAUUUCCAAGGACCGAUCCUCUAUGUUAUGGAGAUUGCACUUUUGUUGGCUGCGGGGUUGUCAGACUGGGUUGAUUUUGGCGUCAUCAUUGGCAUCCUUGCUUUGAACGCGACAGUCGGCUGGUACCAAGAAAAACAGGCCGAGGAUGUGGUGGCCAGUCUUAAAGCCGAUAUCGCGAUGCGUAGCACAGUGGUUCGAAACGGACAAGAAAUUGAUAGAGAAGCUCGAGAACUUGUUCCUGGUGAUGUGAUUAUCAUCGAAGAGUCUGAGACAGUGCCUGCCGAUGCAAAGGUUGUCUGCGAUUACGAGGAGAAAGAUCAUGGAUGGGAUCGCUAUCAGAAACUACGAGAAGAAGGCAAGCUCGGUAAGAAGCAAGAGUCUCAGGGCGAGGAAGAAGAGGAGGAAGAUGAAGAGAACAACGAUUAUCCUGUUCUCUCAUGUGAUCAUUCGGCCAUCACCGGUGAAUCCUUGGCCGUGGAUCGUUUUGCCGGUGACGACGUGUAUUAUACGACGGGGUGCAAACGUGGCAAAGCCUACGGUAUCGUUCAAGCUACUGGACCAAAGACCUUUGUAGGUCGCACUGCCGCCAUGGUUCAAGGAACCUCCGGGAAAGGACACUUCCAGAUUGUUAUGGACAGCAUAGGUACCAGCCUCCUGGUCCUCGUGAUGGCAUGGUUACUGGCAAUGUGGAUCGGUGGCUUCUUUCGUAACUUGCCAAUAGCCUCUCCCGGGGAACAGACUCUAUUGUACUACACUCUCAGUCUGUUGAUCAUCGGUGUACCAGUUGGUCUCCCUGUCGUCACGACGACCACGCUGGCAGUUGGUGCUGCUUACCUAGCCAAGAAAAAAGCAAUCGUCCAGAAAUUGACUGCCAUCGAGUCUCUCGCUGGCGUGGACAUUCUUUGCUCAGACAAAACAGGUACUCUGACGGCCAACCAGUUAAGCAUUCGAGAACCAUAUGUCGCUGAAGGUAUUGAUAUAAACUGGAUGUUUGCGGUUGCGGCUCUGGCUUCUUCUCACAACGUUCGUUCGUUGGAUCCUAUUGAUAAGGUAACUAUCUUGUCAGUGAACCAGUACCCCAAAGCCAAGGAGAUACUGCAGCAAGGGUGGAAAACAGAAAGCUUCACACCGUUUGACCCCGUUUCCAAGCGCAUUGUUUCGGUCGUUUCGCUCAAUGGAGAGAAGUAUACUUGCACCAAGGGGGCACCGAAAGCAGUUCUUCAAUUGACACAGUGCUCGGAAGAAACCGCAAGGCUUUACAGGGAGAAGGCAACUGAAUUCGCGCACCGUGGGUUCCGUUCUUUAGGUGUUGCUGUUCAGAAAGAAGGCGAAGAGUGGUCUCUGUUAGGAAUGAUGCCAAUGUUUGAUCCACCACGCGAAGAUACCGCUUCAACAAUUGCAGAAGCCCAAGAUCUAGGCAUCAAAGUCAAGAUGCUCACCGGAGAUGCAACCGCUAUCGCAAAAGAGACCUGCAAGAUGCUGGCUCUGGGAACAAGAGUUUAUAACUCAGAACGCUUGAUCAGCGGUGGCCUUAAUGGCGCUAUGGCUGGCGAACUGCUUGAAAGGGCGGAUGGCUUCGCGGAAGUCUUCCCUGAACACAAAUAUCAAGUUGUCGACAUGCUGCAAGAACGUGGGCAUCUCACGGCUAUGACGGGUGAUGGUGUCAACGACGCACCGUCGCUCAAAAAGGCGGACUGUGGUAUCGCUGUGGAAGGGGCAUCGGAGGCCGCCCAGUCUGCCUCAGACAUAGUCUUCCUGGAGCCUGGCCUUUCGACCAUUAUAGAUUCCAUCAAGGUGGCUCGCCAAAUCUUUCAGCGGAUGAAAGCAUACAUACAAUAUCGCAUCGCUCUCUGUCUUCAUCUGGAGAUAUAUCUUGUCACCACCAUGAUCAUUAUCAAUGAAAGUAUUCGCACGGAGUUGGUGGUUUUCCUCGCUCUAUUCGCUGACCUUGCCACUGUGGCCGUGGCUUAUGACAACGCUUCUUACGAACGCAGGCCGGUGGAGUGGCAACUGCCGAAAAUCUGGGUCAUCUCUGUUAUCCUUGGAAUUCUGCUGGCCCUGGGAACAUGGGUCAUUCGCGGAACUUUGUUCUUACCAAAUGGUGGCUUUAUUCAGAACUGGGGUUCUAUCCAGGAGAUCGUGUUCCUGGAAGUAGCUUUAACGGAGAAUUGGCUCAUAUUCGUCACCAGGGGUGGCGCAGUCUGGCCGUCCCUGCCGCUGAUCACUGCCAUCGCCGGUGUGGACGCUUUGGCAACCUGUUUCUGCUUAUUCGGGUGGUUUUCUAACCGGGAUAUGAUCACUGAUCCUUUCGACAAGUAUAUCCCCAUGGAGACGGCCAACGGUUGGACCAACGUCGUUGACGUGGUUCGACUUUGGGCAUACUGUAUUGGUGUAGAGAUCGUGAUUGCGCUCGUCUACUUUGCCCUCAACAAGUGGAAAUGGCUUGAUGACCUGGGUCGCACCAAGAGAAGCAAGGGUGAUGUGGCCAUUGGGACUGUUCUCAGCCAUUUGUCUACUCUGUCGCUUGAAUUUGAAAAGGAUCAAGUGGGCCACGGGCGCAUAUGGCUUGGUCAGAGCAAGGAAGAGGAGGAGCUAGAUUGA